GGUUAUUUUGUUCAACACCAACGUCUUGGUAAAACCCACCCAGUGUCCCCACCUUCGGGUUGUGAGGAGGACGGCCAUCCCCGCAGCUACGGGUCCAGAAUCUCCAUCCUCAGCCGCAGAGGGAAGAGCAGCUGGAAGAGGAGGAAGAGGGAGGAAGAGAAGGAGAGAGAGAGCUGGGCCCCAGAGCGCUCCAGCACUGGCAGCGGGGGGAAGAAGCGUGCUUCUUUGGGGCUUAACGAAGGUGCAAGCAUGCGCUGCUCCACCCUCCUGUGUAUCCUGACGGGGGUGCUGCUCUACCUAGUGCUGGGGGCUGUGGUGUUCCAGGCCCUGGAGGCUCCCCAUGAGGAGGGCCAGCACAUACAGCUGCAGGACACACGCAGAGCCUUCCUGGAGAACUACACCUGCGUCAGCCCAGACAUCCUGCAGGCCCUCAUAGAGGAGGUGGCAGAUGCUGUGGGUGCGGGUGUGGAUCCUAGCAGCAAUUCCUCCACCUUCACCAGCCAAUGGGACCUGGCCAGCGCCUUUUUCUUCUCUGGGACCAUCGUCACCACCAUUGGUUUUGGGAACAUCUCCCCAAAGACAGAAGGGGGGCAGCUGUUCUGUAUCUUUUAUGCCCUGGUGGGGAUCCCUCUGUUUGGUAUCCUGCUGGCUGGAGUUGGAGACCAUCUGGGGACCGGGCUGAGGAAGGCCAUCCUCAAAAUUGAAUUUCUCUUAGCGAAAUGGAAGGUGAGUCCUACUAUUGUUCGAGUCAUCUCAGCCAUACUCUCCAUCCUGUUGGGGGUAGCACUCUUCGUUGCAGUGCCAACGCUGGUGUUUCAGGAGGUGGAGAAGUGGACUCUCCUGGAGGCGUCCUACUUUGUUGUCAUCACCCUGACUACAGUGGGUUUUGGAGACUAUGUUGCAGGUGAUAGUGGAGAUGGUGGUAAAGACCACUGGUACAAGCCCCUGGUGUGGUUCUGGAUCCUGCUGGGCCUGGCCUACUUUGCUUCCAUCCUGUCCAUGGUUGCAAACUGGCUUCGGGUCCUGUCCAAGAAGACCAGGGCUGAGAUGGAGGAGCUCAGAGCCCGUACCACUGACUGGGGUCAGAACAUUCAGAACAUGUCCGUGGAUUUCCACAUGCCAGACGACCCCUUCAAACGACGACGACGAAAGCGUCGACAUGGCCCUCGCAGCCGAGGCCAUGUGUCUGGGACUGGGGCCCCUGGGAAGGGGGGCAGAGUGAUGGAGAAUGGCCAGCUGAACAGUCAAUCAGAGACUGGAUCGUCCUCAUACUCUUACUCAUCCAACGAGUCAGAGUCUGGAUCUGCGACAGGGUCAGAGGUCUCGCAGCAUGAGCGGGUAGUAGAGGAAAAAGAGAAGGAUGUCGAUAAGGAGAAUGCCUUCCCAGAAUCCCUGUAUUCCCAGCCUCUGGACUACUUUGGAGAGAACCUGGCAUACAUUGAUGAGUCCUCAGAUGCAGUUAGUGGAAAAUUACAUUUGGAUCCCCUGUUAGAUCCAACACAGCCCGUCUCUACACGCUCACGAAAGCCCAAGAGGAGACGGCCCAGAAGGCCACCCCCAGAGAAGAGCCCUAAAAUUAGCCCUACCAAGCCUGAGAAGAAAGAGCCCAAUGGAGACAUAAAACCCCCUGAAAAUCCACCGCCACCGAAGGAUAGAUGAACCAAAUGCUCAAAGGGGUGAAGGGAAGAAGAAGUUGUGGGAAGAACUGAACCUGAUUGAUUAUGUUUUAUUCACUACACUGUUCAUGUUUCAUAAACAUAGUUUGAGUGUGUGUAUGCCUGAUUCAAAUAGGGAGUGAGCCUUGAUGUAAAAGCAGAUUGACUUAUUCAAAUAAUCCUAACAAAACUUAACCAUGUCACUUCUUUCCUUUAACCUGAUGUUGCCUUCGUAGCAUUUUAAUAAGGAACACACUCUUAUGUGCCCCACUUAUCCAUGUUUGCUUAUGGAGUGAGCGCUCCCUACUGGGCAAUCAUGAAACUGCAAAGCCCUGUUUUCUCUGGAUAUAAUAAGCAGUGAAGCACAUCAACAUGCAUUGUAUUUUUUUUAAUACUCUGAAUCAAUUUAUAUUUUUUGCCGUUAGGGGAAAAAAGCCUUAUGAUAAUAACUCUCCCAUAAUGAAUUUGUCCCUGAAUGUCUAGAGCCCAAACUUUAGAGAACAAAGCUUUGGUGUAUAUAAUAGGAAAGUUCCAAUUCAAGGCACGAGUAAAUCCAGUCUCUGCCAAUAACCAUAUCUGGUCUUGCAUGACCUUAGCCUAAGUAUUACACUAGUGACGUUAUUACUGUGUGCACUGUGUACAGCAUAUGCCAUUGUAUAUAUUUGUGAGUAUUAUUCUUUGAAUGUAUUACACACAACUGUUCUGUAAA